AAGUCAAGUGUGAAAGCUUGUCAUGAUUGGUUGAUGCUUGCAACUGAGCCUGUCUCGCCUUUGCGCAUCACUUGGCUGUUGUCUUAGCACAUGACAUGGUUUCUAUAUUACAGUGGCGCUAAUUUUCUUUCUUUUUUUUUUUUUUUGCACAAUCAUCCUCUUGCGGAAUCCUUACAAGUGCACCAAGACCAUUGUUUUGAAAUUCAGAAAGCUUUGUCAUGUUGUGAUGUAACUGUGUGUGUGUGUGUGUAUAUAUUUGUGAAGACCGGUUCAGUUCACAAGGCUCAUCCGGCAGCAGGUGGUACAACAUGAGGAUCUUCUUCUUGUGAUUGUGAAUGAAUACCGUAUAGCUACUGAAGACUCUUUCGGAGAAGAAACUGUGAUCUUCUAGAGCUUACCAGACACUGAUUUUGGGCAAUGCUCGGCCAGUCUCCUCAUCUUAUCGGAGGGAUCCUGUGGAUCCAGAAUCCAAUGAGAGCUGUGCACUGCAACCUGAGCCAAAAUGGCAUCGAACACCAGAUGUGCCCAGAGCAUGUCGAAUCGCAGCUUGAUGAAGAAGAGGAGUCAGUGGAUGGCCCAUCAAUGCUUCUGGAUGACGACAGUCCGAGUUACCCGGACAUCAGCCCCACUAUUUUCCCUGGCCGUUUGCCGCCACAUCGCUCAGUCUCCGAGUCUGAGCUCACACGGCCGGGAUAUGUGAAGCUGUCCAAACCGGUGGCGCUGUGGACCCAACAGGACGUGUGCAAGUGGUUGAAGAAACACUGUCCAAAUCAGCAUCAGAUCUACAGCGACUCCUUCAAACAACACGAUAUCACAGGGCGGGCUCUGAUGAGAUUGACUGACAGAAAACUGGAGCGAAUGGGUAUCAUGCAGGAGGCAGAGAGGCAGAACAUCCUGCAGCAGGUCCUGCAGCUUCGUGUCCGGGAGGAAGUUAGGACCCUUCAACUUCUCACACAAGCGCCGGCAAUUGAUGGCGACAGUCACUCUGGCUGAACUCCAAGGAUGCUAUAUGGAGAUGGGAGAAAGUUCCAGAAGGAAGGUCAUAGGAAUGUAUCCGUUUUUAACCUCAUAUUUCCUAGGUUUCACAUUAAAUUGCUCAACCAUUUCCAAAUAUCUCCAGUUUUGGAUUUUUUUUUUUUUAAUCCAACUCUCACAUACUAGAGAAUAUGACCCUCUUUACAAAAUGUUUGGACAUCCUUGAUGUAAGAUGAUCGAUGAACAGGUGAAAUUAGAGUCAUGGUGUACAAUGUGUCUCACAGCAACUAUUGUGCAUUCAAGGACCGCAAGUUCAAGUACAAAAUUGCUUAACGGGAAAACCAUUAUCAGUGACGUAUAAAUAUAUAAACACGUAUAAAGUCAAGGCUUUUUAACAAUGGUAAGUUUAUGAUGUACAUUGUCACCGACUUCGAGUGAAUGAAAGUGCUUAUUUCUGGUGGAAAAAAUAGAAAUUUAGGUCGAAGGAUUUUCUGUCCAGAAUCUGUCUAUAGUGUCCCAACUUUAAAAGAACCACUAUCCAUUCAUCACAGCGAGUAAGUCACCAAAGCAUGGUACAAGGAUUUUCUGGACAUAAUCUGUCUCUAGUGUCCCAAAACUAAAAGAACCAUUAUCCAUUCAUCACAGCGACAAAGUCAACAAAGUAUAGUAGAAGGAUUUUCUGUCCAGAAUAUGUCUCUUGUGUCCCAACCCAUUCAUAACAGCGACUAAGUCACCAAGGCAUGGUAGAAGGAUUUUCUGGCCAGAAUCUGUCUCUAGUGUCCCAACCCUAAAAGAACCACUAUCCAUUCAUCACAGCGACUAAGUCACCAAAACAUGGAUGCUUGUUUAACUGGACGAUAAUCAAGACAUCUUGCCUCUGAUUUGGGAUCAACGCUUUUGGAAUUAUUAGAUUCCGCUAUUCCCAUUGUUCCUUUGCAGAAAAAUCCAGGUUUAGGCCCUAAAUAUAGCAACGAACCACUAUCCAUUCAUCACAGCGAGUAAGUCACCAAAGCAUGGUACAAGGAUUUGCUGGCCGUAAUCUGUCUAUAGUGUCCCAACCUUAAAAGAACCACUAUCCAUUCAUCACAGUGACUAAGUCACCAAAGCAUGGUAGAAGGAUUUUCUGGACAUAAUCUGUCUCUAGUGUCCCAACACUAAAAGAACCAUUAUCCAUUCAUCACAGCGACCAAGUCAACCAAGUAUAGUAGAAGGAUUUUCUGGCCAUCAUCGGUGACAUAUAAAUAUAUAAACAUGUAUAAAGUCAAGGCUUUUUAAUAGUGGUAAGUUUAUGAUGUACAUUGUCACCGACUUCGGGUGAAUGAAAGUGCUUAUUUCUGGUGGAAAAAAUAGAAAUAAAAAAUUGGAGCAAAAAUCCACAAAUUUACGAGGCCGUGGAUGAUGAAUCAUGAAUAUGCAUAGAUACACUGCAAAUGGCAGCAGUUUGCUCUCUGUCUCAUUUCACAUAUGUCAUUACCGCUCAUCCUUCAACAUUUCAAAAUGCAUUUAGUCCAUACAAUAGAUAAUGGCUUCUUUAAUUAUAGGGGAGCUUUGAGGGCUUUGCACACUGGUUUAUCAGUAUUCAUAACAUUAUUCAAUAUCCCGUUCAUCCUAUUUCCUACACACUCGUCCACGAUGUGGUCUGCUAAUCCAACACCUGGAGUCGUUGCUAACUGAGACACGAGCAAUGAAAGAAUAUUGGACUUUAUGAGUCUUCACCAUAGAAACACAAUGAGGAGAAACAAAAAAAAUACAAAACAAAAGCAGCCAAGGACACGUUGAGAGAAAAGUUGUUCAAUGACAAGGUACAUAAAAAGGAUAUGAUGUAUUUCACCUGUUUGGGAUCAUGGCUUCUCUAUUGAUGAUUUAUGGCGGCAAAACCACAGCAGCGCACCUGAUCAUCCUUUAUUAUUUUAACAUUUGUCACUUUAAGGCCAGACAUGAUUGAUGGGGAACUGUUAAUGGCUUUGGCUUGGAAAUGUUAUUACCAGAGAGAUGGCAUACCAUGGGGAAGUUAUUGGUAACAUCCUGUUGUACUGUACUGUACUGUACUGUCAAACACAAGUCAACACAAAGCUUGUUAUGACAUGCUACCCUCUUGUCGACAAACUUUUUCAGCCCAAGCCCAACAUCUGCAGUGCACUUGAAAGAGAGGAAAGGAAAUAGAUACUGAGUUGUUCAUCCUUCUUUCUGUGUUCUAUGAACAAAUAAACCACACACACACACAGAUUAUAAAGAUGAUGAAAGGAUUUUCUGUCCAGAAUCUGUCUAUAGUGUCCCAAGCCUAAAAGAAACAUUAUCCAGUCAUCACAGCAACUAAGUCACCAAAGCAUGGUACAAUGAUUUUCUGGCCAGAAUCUGUCUAUGGUGUCCCAACACUGAAAGAACCAAUAUCCAUUAAUCACAACAACUAGGUAACCAAAGCAUUGUACAAGGAUUUUCUGGCCAGAAUCUGUCUAUAGUGCCCCAAGCCUAAAAGAACCACAAUCCAUUCAUCACAGUGACUAAGUCACCAAAGCAUGAUACAAGGAUUUGCUGGCCAUAAUCUGUCUAUAGUGUCCCAACCCUAAAAGAACCACUAUCCAUUCAUCACAGCGACUAAGUCACCAAAGCAUGAUACAAGGAUUUGCUGGCCAUAAUCUGUCUAUAGUGUCCCAACCCUAAAAGAACCACUAUCCAUUCAUCACAGCGACUGAGUCACCAAAGCAUGGUACAAGGAUUUGCUGGCCAUAAUCUGCCUAUAGUGUCCCAACCCUAAAAGAAACACUAUUCAUCACAGUGACUAAGUCACCAAAGCAUGGUACAAGGAUUUUCUGGACAGAAUCUGUCUAUAGUGUCCCAACCCUAAAAGAACAUCUAUCCAUUCAUCACAGCGACUAAGUCACCAAAGCAUGGAUGCUUGUUUAGCUGGACGAUAAUCAAGACAUCGUACCAAAAACGAGGUUUCCCCAGUCGUAAAAAGUCCUGAAAAAGUGGCUUCCCACUGUAUCGAAUGUGAUUUGUUUACCAUUUGUCUUAUAGUGCAUGUUUGCUUCCCUCUCUAAAUGUCAGACUGCCUCGUUCUUCUUUUCUGUUUAAUUAGCCAAAAAUCAAUGCUCGGCCACAGUUGUUCAUGUUAUUCAGCAAUGGGCACAAAUUGUCCCUCAUUUCACGUACUUGUCCCCGAUGGAGAAUAGACCUGUCAGAAUGUGGAACAAACAUCACAUCAUCUGUGAGUACCUUCCAUUAGUAUUCCGUUGCAUUUGGUCUGUUGUGUAUCAUGAUUUUCAAAUGCUCGGGGAUUGUUCUUACCUGUUAUUAAUAAACACACAUGAACUAAAUUAUUCAAAGACCCAUGAUAUACCCUGUGAGAACGUUAUUCCCCAUAUACCUGGUCUACUCCACUUUCUGAGAUUUAUAGUUUUAAAGAGGAUUAAUUAUAAAUGAAAUGUGUUUGGAAUCCACAGCACAAAAUAAAUGUAUGUAAUUACUGUCAGACAGGCAGAGAAAAUUAGGUAGAAGGAUUUUCUGUCCAGAAUAUGUCUAUAGUGUCCCAACCUUAAAAGAACCACUAUCCAUUCAUCACAGCGAGUAAGUCACCAAAGCAUGGUACAAGGAUUUGCUGGCCAUAAUCUGUCUCUAGUUUCCCAACCCUAAAAGAACCACUAUCCAUUCAUCACAGCGACUAAGUCACCAAAGUAAGGUAGAAGGAUUUUCUGGACAUAAUCUGUCUCUAGUGUCCCAAAACGAAAAGAACCAUUAUCCAUUCAUCACAGCGACCAAGUCAACAAAGUGUGGUAGAAGGAUUUUCUGUCUAGAAUCUGUCUAUAGUGUCCCAACCCUAAAAAAAAAACACAGUCCAUUCAUCACAGUGACCAAGUCAACAAAGUAUAGUAGAAGGAUUUUCUGCACAUAAUCUGUCUAUUGUGUCCCAACCCUAAAAGAACCACAAUCCAUUCAUCACAGCGACUAAGUCACCAAAGUAUAGCAGAAUGAUUUUCUGCACAUAAUCUGUCUCUAGUGUCCCAACACUAAAAUAACCACAAUCCAUUCAUGGCAGCAACUAAGUCACCAAAACAUGAAUGCUUGUUUAACCGGACGAUAAUCAAGACAUCUUACGAAAAACGAAAAUUAGGUCGUUUUUUUUUUUUUUUUAGGAACUCAUAGCGUAUGGAUUAUGUGCCUAGAGCAUGGCCUCCAGACCCUCCUGCUACCUUGACAUUGGCCUCUAAUUUGGGAUCAACGGUUUUUGAAUUAUUAGAUUCAAUUCCGCUAUUUCCAUUGUUCCCUUGCAGAAAAAUCCAGGUUUAGGCCCUAAAUAUAGCUCACACUUAAACACAUUUAAAGUAAGUAAUCCCUCUUUCAUCAUGGUUAAUUUGUCCCAUACCUGACCAUGUUAAGUGAAUUUCCGUGAAAAGUCGGAAGACAUGUAUGGGCGUUGCUGGAGAUUGUGUUGAAAGAUCUUUCUUGUGUUCCACAUUUUUUUUUUUUGUAUUCACACAGCAACUAAGCUCAUUUUAUCAUUCCCAUGCUGUUAUGAUUUUUUUUUCCUACCUAUUUCGAUUACUUUAUCUGCUUGUUUAUUUUUACCAUGUCUUGUUUUGCAUUGCCAACUCUAUGCUCCAUUUUUUCUUCAUUUUUCUUUCAAUGUCUGUAACUGUAUGUCCUCCAUAUCCGACCUAUGAUACUGACCAGCCAUCCUUUGGCUGUGCUUCAGGCACAUUCCUUGUGUCAUUAUAGCUUUUGAUUAUCCUUCCAGUCUGACCCCAGGAUGGCUUGGCCUUGCAACAGCACCUCUCUGCCCGCAGCCACUAUGGCCGAUGCAGCUAAUGAGGGAUGCCUACAUGUUUGCUACCACUGGCUCAAUCAUUGACAUAACGUUUACAACCCCCUAGUCUCGAUGCACACUUGGAACAAAACUGAAAAUAAUGAAGUUUACAACUAAUGCACUUCUUGUCGUGUGCUUUUUUUUUGCCGGGGAAGCGUGCCAAUGCUAAAUGGAAGUGUGUAUUAAUGAUGGUGUAUAUCAGUGAGGCAAGUGCGAGGUGUGUGAUCACUCAUGGGGAAAUUGGUUUACUGCACUUUCACUUGCAGAAUUACUCUUCAUAAAUCUGUCCUGACAUUAACAGCGAAGCUCACACUGUGGGGAGAAAUGCCAACACGGCUAUCAGUGGUAAUGAAGAGACACUCACUGGUCACUACUGAUUUUAUCAUAGUCAAGAUUCGAGCUCUGCAAUUUAAGGCGCACGCAAACAAAUAAGACCACCAGCUUGCGUGAAUAUGAUGAGAAAGUGCACUACAGUUACAUAAUAUUAGAUAGUUCAAUGGACUAAAUUAACAUAACAAGGCAGAGAGUCCAAUAAGAAAGUUAUAGGUAAGCAAGUUCACCGAACUCACAAUCUCAUUCCAUAUCACUGAAUGGUAAUGUUCACUCCUUGGUUCAUGUCAGUCAGUAUUUAACUUAACUUAACCUAAACAAAUAAGACCACUAGCUUGCGUGAAUAUGAUGAGAAAGUGCACUACAGUUACAUAAUAUUAGAUAAUUCAAUGGACUAAAUUAACACAACAAGGCAGGGAGUCCAAUAAGGAAGUUAUAGGUAAGCAAGUUCACCGAACUCACGAUCUCAUUCCAUAUUACUGAAUGGUAAUUUCACUCCUUGGUUCAUGUCAGUCAGUAUUUAACUUAAUUUAACUUAACUGUACAGUGGAAGAGUGGUUAGCGCGCAGGCCACACAGCUAGGAGACCUAAGUUCGAUUCCACCGUUAGCCAUGUCUGUGUGGAGUUUGCAUGUUCUCCCCCGUGCAUGCGUGGGUUUUCUCCAGGUAUGCCAGCACGCCAGCAAAAAUGCUAAAUUUAGACCAAAAAUCAGCAAGUUAACUACUGAAUUGUGCUUGCUCUGAUGUGACUUUAUUUUAAUAGCAGCAAAUCACAACAUGAGUUAUUUCAUAGUUCUUUCGAUAU